AUGUCUAAGAUCCUCGCUAAAACGAUUAUCGCCGUCGUGUGGAUUGCGUCAGCUGCAAUCGCCCUCCCUUGGCUUAUAUUUACCAAUAUCGAUGUUGGUGCAUGUCCUCCUCCAGCGAUAACGGACACACCCAUCUACGUACGAAGAGUCUGUGCUACAAUAUGGCCCGACCAGGAAAAUUACGGAGAUUGGUAUUUCUGGUACAGCUUCAGUUUCAUGGUGGCCACGUACUUCCUACCAUUGAUUGCUCAAGGCGUGUCUUAUAGUAUCGUUGGUAUUAAGCUAUGGGGCAGCCAGGCCCCUGGAGAGACAUCGAACAGACACAGAGAGCAGUUAAAGGCAAAACGAAAGGUUGUGAAAAUGAUGAUUCUAGUCGUUGUUAUCUUUGCAAUCUGCUGGCUUCCGGUUCACGUCUACUUCUUACUGGGACGAAGCUACAGCGAUGUAUUGUACAGUCAUCCUAAUGCCCGUGAGAUUUACAUGGCUGUGUUUUGGUUGGGAAUGAGCAAUUCAAUGUACAAUCCGUUUAUCUACUGUUGGCUGAACGAUAGAUUCCGGCGCGGCUUCAGGAAGGCCCUUCGGUGGCUGCCGUGUUUCAAAUGGGCGCCAGGUGAACGGGUCGAUUCUGAACGACCAGCAACUCUGAGCGGCACGUAUAGUAGCAGUCAGAGCAUGAAGUUGAUGAGGAACGGGUCAGACAUGGCAACAACGGUCGACGAAUCCAUGUUGGAGAACAUGCUUUGA